CUUUCCUCAAAUGAGAUCAGUCUUGGUCGGAUGCUCGUCGUUGAGAGAGAUCAUUUCAUUCCCAGUUUCACUCGAAAUUUUGAGAAAGUUGAGCCUUGAAAAAAUCCACCCUGGUUUUACCACUGCUUAUCCAACAGGCUGCUGGGUGGGUUAUCGGCAAGUCUCAUUCUUACCAAAAUCAAAUAAUCCGUACCCUAAACCCCAAGAAUAUUCUACUUGAGGCAGUUUGAGACUUUAUUUUAUUACAAAAUCUCAUUAAAAUUUAUCAUUAAAAUUAAUUGUUUCACUUUCUUUGGUAAAGUUUUUCAAGGGAAAACUGUGAAAAUUAAGACGUUGCAAAAGUUAAGUUACAUACUUUUAAGAGAAAUACAAAGUUGUUGUUUCGCCACGUUCAUUCUUCAUCCCCGUGAGCGUCUUGUUCCUGUCAGCUUAAAAGUGUGUAGAGGAUACGCAAAGUUUAAGGGAUAAAAGUGGACGAAAUUGCCAUAAUUAUAGGAUACAAGCAUAGCGAACAACUUCCUCUUCAAGAACAAUCACGUCUACAUAAAGGACUAGUUGCACGACAAGAACAACAAAAUUACGAGAGAGAGAAGCCGAGUCAAGUUACUGUCCAGGCCGGAAAACUCCAACGAAAAGCCGUCUCCCCAACCAACAGAAUAAUCUGUAUCUGACAUUUGUAUUGAAAUUCGGAAAACUUUUACUCCUCAAAAAGUGCGAUAAUCAACAACUCAUUUAUGUAAACUAUAUAUUAUUCAAGUUGGGUGGGAAAAAUAUUAUAAGUGAAUUUCUCAACUAUUUUGUGAACGAAUAUUAUCCAACGGUUGACUUGAUAUUUUUCACGCGAAGGAAGGAAAAUCCUGGAAAGAUGGGAAAUAUGACGCUGAGAAAUCUGAUCCUCUCCACGUUCCUCAUUUCGCAACUUACUUUCUGCAAAAUCACGUUGGGAGCGACCAUUGAAGAUUUAGGAAUUCUGGACAAACUGCUAAAGAGGAAUUACGACAGGAGAGCAACACCCACGAAUCAUUUGAAUAACACCACCCCCACCAAAGUCUAUGUAGAGCUGUUCGUCCGUUCUUUCGGAAGCCCUUCUCCGGUCACAAUGGAUUACAAAGUGGAUCUCUUCCUCCGUCAGAAGUGGAGAGAUGAACGGUUGCAAAGUCCGGAAUUCAAGAGACCGCUUGAUCUGAACGAUCCCAACUUGGUGAAAGCGAUUUGGAAGCCGGAAGUCUACUUCCCCAACGGUAAAGAAGCCGACUUUCAGUUCGUCACUGUUCCAAAUGUCCUCGUCAGAAUCAAUCCCAACGGCGACAUUCUCUACAUGCUUCGCCUUAAGGUGACCUUUUCUUGUAUGAUGGACCUCUCGAAAUUUCCUCUUGACAGACAAAUAUGCACGAUGGAGGUGGCCAGCUUUUCGAAAACGGUGGAGGAGCUGAUUCUCGAGUGGAAUCCGGAAGAGCCCAUAUCCAUCAAGGGACUCGGAAUGAGCCAGUUUGAACUGCAGAAGAUUGUGCCGAGCAAAUGUCACGAGGAGUUCCAAAUUGGCAACUACUCCUGUCUCGUGGCGGAAUUCCACUUAUAUCGCUUACUCGGCUUUCACCUGGUGCAGUCCUACUUGCCGACGAUUCUGAUGGUGGUGAUCUCCUGGGUGUCAUUCUGGAUGGAUGUCAACUCUGUCCCAGGUCGUGUCACGUUGGGCAUCACUACGCUCCUCACCGUCUCCUCCAAGGCGACGAGAGGGUCAUCUUUUCUUUGGUUUGGUUCUGUAGAUCAAGGCGCCAUCGAAUCCAGUUACAUCAAGGCCCUUGAUGUCUGGAUGGGAAGUUGUACUGCAUUCGUAUUCUUGGCCCUGUUGGAGUUUACCGUGGUUAAUUAUCUCUGGAGGAAAGAAUGCUCGAGAAAUUGGCAGCGGGUGAAAGCACAGCACAGUUGCUCCGCCGAUUUCAUGCAGAACAACCACUCUGAAAAUAUCGGGCGUUCGCCCUCCAACCACUCCAUGCUGCAAAUGAAGGAAAAACCACUCGGCAAUUCGAUUGAGAUGAGCGUCAGCAAUUUUGUGGAUCGUAACGACAAGAGUCACUACUUGGGCGUUGUUGACCAACCUGUAAUUCCCGUCGAAGGGAUCAACGUCGUGGAACCGUUCGCCUCCGUGAUGAAUUGUCAACCAAAUUACAAAGAGAGAGCCAAAUCAAUUGACGAGACCUGCAGAAUCGUGUUCCCCUUAUCGUUCACACUAUUUAUCAUACUUUACUGGAGUUAUUAUCUCAUUGCGUAAAAGUUUUUGGUUAUUCGUUUCGAAAUUUCUUCAAGAGUUUGCACUAAUUUUCAACUUGUUAAUGGAAUUAUUUUAAUUAUGGUCAAUUUAUUCUUAAAAAAAUUGCAUACAUAUUGUAGAAACUAACAGGAUUUUGUCAUUGGUACAUACAUAAUUAUGUAUUUUUAGAAUAAAUUAGUGACCUAAAUAUUUAAGAGAUCUGUGAGUGAAAAAUGGUGUAAUUUAAUAUCUACAAAUUGGUAUGGUUAAAUACCUGUAAUUAUUAAUGGGUAAGACUAACAUUAAAAUCGUGCUAAUUUAUAUAGAUGAUAAAAUUAUGUGUUGCUCUUGAAAAAUCAGGCACGAAGUAAUUAAGAAAAAUUAUAAAUUCCUUGUAAGCUAUUUAAGUAAUAAUUCACUCGCAAUUUGAACAUACACAAAAUUUUAAGAAAAUGUGUAUUUCGUUCUUCUUUCAAUACUGUAUUAUCAUGAAAAAAGAGGGCCUUGCACUUCAGCGAGGGCGACAACAUAUGGGUUUAUCGGGUCCAAACGUGAUGAAAUCAAAAAAAGGAAGAAAAAAACGUAUGAUUUUUGUAUUCCAUAAUUAUCUACAAUUUUAACCUCCUUCUGGCACAAACUGGGCAGGAGAUGUAUUUCAUACUUUAAAAAAUUUACACAUGAAUUUUUCAGAAAUUAUAUUGACCAAUAUCUAGCAAAAGUGCAGUAGAAAGUAAUUCACGUCAAAAUUAAAACGAAAAUUAUGUAUCAGAAUAAAUUUAUCCAGAUAAAUCAGAAAUUGUAAAUAUGUAAAUGCACUAUAGCUUAGUGUGUACUGUGUAUUGCGACCUCGUAAUCCUAAAAAAACACUCACGGCUCUUUAAUAAAUGUGAUCAUACAGUAAAAAAAUAGUAAAUAUCUACUAAAAUAUAAAUAAAAUACUUAUUGUUAGUAUGCACGUGAUAUAAUGGGGUAUAUUUGAAUGUGUGAUAUUUCAAAAGUUUAAAUAAAAUCUUAAUAUCACUGAAAUUUGAAAUUAUAUGUAACAAAAUUUAUGUAAGUGAUUGUAAAUGUCUCGAAUAAAUGCAAUGUGUGUCUUUAAUACAAA